GUCAAAAGACACAGGUCAUUUAUUACAAAUUUUAGUUUGUGUUGAAUAACUCUUAUCAAAAUAAGGCGUCUUUUAUUUAGUUGCAAGUUCUUUCAAGUGUUCUUCAUGUUUCUUGUUGUAUUUCAAUUGAUUGAAAUUUUAGAUUAACAAUUUCAGGACAUAUUGCUGACAUUGCCACAUGGAAUAAAGAUAGUCUGUUUUGAGAUAGUCGGAGGUGGAUCAGAAUUUUAAGUUAUGAGUUCUUUUUAGUUUAUUGGGUUCUAGAUAAGUCAUUUAUAUAUAUUAACUGAAUUUCCUAAUAUAUAUAUAGAGCUCUGGCUGAAGCUACUGAAUUGUGUCGAACACGUAACAUACUUAAGGAAUCACAAAGGGGUACUAUGAUUGAACGCUCAUUUGAUUGUUACUCAGCAGAAUCUCUUGAUCAAUUGCCUGGUUGUUUCACUAUUACUGAUCCUUACAUUUCUGGUAACCCCAUUGUGUAUGCUUCGCGGGGUUUCUUUGAAAUGUUUGGAUAUUCGAAAUAUGAGGUAAUUGGGAGGAAUGGGAGAAUAUUUCAGGGUCCUAAGACUAAUCGAAGAUCGGUUUUGGAGGUCGGUGAGGCGAUUCGAGAGGAGAGGGAUAUACAAAUCAGUUUGUUGAAUUAUAGGAAAGACGGGACGUCAUUUUGGAUGUUGUUUCAUAUGUGUCCUGUUUUCGACGAGAAGGAUGGGAGACUGAUUCAUUUAUUGGGAGUUCAAGUUCCAAUUUUGAGGAGGCCAAAGCCAUCUAGAGUUGAACUAAAUUUAUGCCAAGAUGGAGCUGGCUGUCGAGAGUCUAUGCUUAGGUGUUAUGGAAGGGAAGUCUACUCCAUGCGCAUGGAACGGGAGCUUCCUGUCACGUUGGGUUCAAGAUUGGAAUUCACAGGGGUAGAUGUAGAGGGGCCUUGUGUUAAAAGUGAUCUUGAGAAGAGAAAAGCCACUGCUGUUGUAAACAACAUACUGAAUGUGCUGAGACACAACAGUGAAUCAACAGGCAGACUGGUCGAUGUCUUUCCAUCUGGGAAGGGUCUGCUCGGACCAUCCUUAAGUAUAUCUCUUGGUAGAAUCAAACAAAGCUUUAUAUUAACUGAUGCCAACUUACCUGACAUGCCAAUUGUCUUUGCAAGUGAUACCUCUCUUAAAUUAACAGGCUUUUCCAAAGAUGAAGUUUUGGGCUAUAACUGUAGAUCUUUAAGCGUGAUAAAUACAGAUUCAAGCUCACAAUUUUGGAGGAAAGAAUGCAUCCAGAAUGAACAACCACGUACACUACACAUGUAUUACAGAAAAGAUGGAACCUCAUUUUGGCUUCACAUUUCACCUGUUCGGAAUGCAUCAGGAAAGGUUGCAUACUAUGUCACUGUUGAGGGUGAAGAUAAUAGCCGGAGUAAGGAGAAAGAGGGGUUAAGGCAGCGUGUUGUUGCUGCUGUAAAAGUUGCUGUGAGAGGCUUGUCGAUGGGUAUGAGAGCAUGCUAGUUCUUGUACAAACUGAGUCAGACUUCUCCUGUGCGAUUCACCAUGAGAAGUCUAUCCAUAAGUUACUAUCUCGCAGUUCUCUACCACCAGAUGAAAUGGAUACAAUAUCUAUGAAAAAGGUAAAUAGUCUUUAGUGUAUGUCUAGAUCAGGAUGUCGGCAUCAGACAUAACAUGUGUAUUGUGAGUGAAAGGGUUGUUAUCAUGUGUAUCGUGAGUGAAAGGGUUGUUAACAUGUGUAUCGUCAGUGAAAGUGUUGUCAAGCAGAAUAUUAUGAAUUUGUUAGUCCUUUUGUCAAAGUCGGUUUUUAUAUGUUUGCAUCUUAAA